AUGGCUGUGGUCAGUACAGGCAGCCCACUUGGCCUGCCGCAUCACCUUCAUCUGAUGUCCAUGAAAUGUGGACGGAAGGAGGUUGGGAUCACCCUCGAUCUCAAGAAGCCGUUUAAGAGAUAUGUGGAGAUCGGGAGGGUAGCUCUCGUCAACUAUGAUAAAGACUACGGAAAGCUCGGUGUCAUCGUCAAUGUCAUCGACCAGAAUCGAGCCUUAAUUGGGAACCUUGACAUGGUUAGGAGCCAAAUAAACUUCAAGAGGCGGUCACCGACAUCAAGAUUGAAAUUAGCGGUCCCCUUGUUCGAGAUUGGUCCGCAUAUCAUACCAGUGAUGGGCAAAAAAAACGAUCAGAAAAAGAUCGAAGAGGUCGUUAUGAUGAGAAUUCUUAUUAGAAAAGUUAGAAUCGGAAAAGUAGCGCAUGGGGAAAUUAGCCGGAGAGAGAAGAGUGUCAUAUGCAGAGGAGAGACGGGAAAGAAUCGGGGAAUAGAAAGAGAUCGGGAAGCAAGAAAAGACCGGAUGCAGAAAAGUGGAUAG